UUCGAACUUCGAUCUGUAUUCUCUUUCAGGGACGCCCCAUGGUGUCAUAUUGAAUAAUGUUAGUGAAAAACAUCAACAAAACCCAAACUACUGCAUUCUUUAGCCAAUCGGGCUGGGUGGGGUCCAGUGUUGGUGAAAGCUGUUGUGAUUUGUCCAUUAUCCAUGCGAGUCAUGGACAAUAAUUUACUUUGCUGAGCUAGCCUGGGCCUGGGCCGGGCGGUCAAUGGCCUUUUGGGGGUUCCACUUGUUUGGCUCAUACAAGUGGCGCCAGCUCACAUGGAGAGAUCAACUUGCCUGCGGCUUCUUCUAUUUGCGAUUGGGUGCUCAGCUGACUUUGUGGCACAGCCUCCAACAUGCCAAAGCGAGGGGCAAUGCUCUUCGCUCUUUUCGGUGAGAGCAUGCGGGAGUCCAAGUCUCAUCGAAGAGGCACUUGUUCCAGUCACGAUGACGCUGGAGCUUUGUGCUGAAGUCUGUCGGCAAACCAUCAGCUGUAGGUUCUUCACGUUGGAUGGACAGACAUGUCGGAGCUUCUCAGCCUGCAAGGAUACAGGUGAGAGUACAGAGGUGCAUGACGUGCACGAGCUCCCCUUGAACCCUGCGCGUUGCGGGUGGGACUUCGAGGCAGAGCGCCAGGAACAAGCUCACCUAGCACAGGUGGCCGCUACUUUGGAAGGCGGUGCCCUCCAGCAGCUGUUAGCAGAUGCUUCGUUACACCACGUGCAAGCACCUCAUUUUGCCGAUUGCCCCGUGGGUGGUGCAGCCAUCCGAGUUCUUCAUGUUUGGGCGGCUUCAUCUUACCAUCAUGGCUGGAAAGCAUCGGUGGCCUUUGCCACGGAAGCUCCUGAGUUGCCGUUUGCACCGGAGCUGCGCUUGCUGUUGGAUGUGCCAUGGGUCUCCCUUGGCCAAACGCCCUGGGCCAAACCAUUCUUUCAGACUUUGGCGCAGAUAGCAGUUGCCCUCUGCCGCCGCCUGGAGAAUGGGCGCCGGCCUUGUUUGAGCAAGGCACGCCCACACUGCGAUCCACCGCGUGCCUUACGCAGAGUGAAGCGUGGGAGAAGCAAGGAGGAUCUGGGAGAAGCCCAACGGUUAAUCAGCCAAUGUGCGCCAGGCAAUCGGUUGUCUGAGCUUUUGCGUGCCAAGGGAAUCUCAGGACUUCUGCACCGGCUGGCUCAGCUGGCACCAGAUGCUCCCGAAACCUCGAAGGACUCCCCCCAGCCUCUUUGGGCACCUUGCCAGGGAGAAGCACAAGCUUUGCGGCUUUCGUCUCUGGCGGUGCGCCAGGAGAUCAUUCACAAGGAGCUGGCGGCCAUCGCCCUCGCAGCCUCCGGACGAAGCUGUGGAGUCCAUCGAGUCCAUGGUCAGAGGGUUCGACAGGUGGAUCUCCUGGUUUUUGUGGAACGCUUGCAUGCAUCUGAGCAAGUGAGUGGCUUCUUCAAUGAGAUCACUGAAAACCGCUGUGAGAUGGAUGUGUUCUCCCAUUUCCACCGAGUUUAUUGCAUUCAGCCUGGAUGGCUCCACCUGGCCUUUGUGACCUCAGGGCUUUUGAUCCACCCUCCCUAUGGGCCUGGCACUUGGUCUUGUUUUCUACCUGAGAAGGCCAGUGAAGUUCAACUGAUCGAUCCGGUGUUGUGGCAAAGGCCUUUGCAACUGAACCUUGGCUUCGUCGAUGUGCCGGUGAAGCGCUACCGAUUUACUGCUUGCCCGCAGCCCUUCUACAGGCUUCAGACCAAUCAGCAGUUGGUGCAAGACUGGCUUGAGUACCAUCGAAGCAUGGGAAUUGAGCAUUGGACAAUCUAUGACUUGGAUGGGACAGGUGCUGAGUUCCUGUCUAAUCUCCCCGAUGUGCAGCUCAUCUCUCACUAUCCAGACGUUCUGGGCUCGCCCCGCUUAGGCGAGGGCAACCGCUGGAACCCAAUCUGUUUGGAGGCCAUCGCGCUGACGCAGUGCUUUUGGCGAUACCGGGGCCGAGCAGAGAUGGUCUUUUCCAUCAAGUCCUUUGAUGAGUUCCUUGUUUCGGUGAAGCAUCAACAAGCUGGCCUCGUGCGUUUUCUGGAGCUGGCGCCUAGCUCGGCUCCGUCCGUCCGGCUCCCGGCCGUGAACUAUGGGGGGCCCAUGGGCGAUCCAUCUCUGCCGCUGGUGGGGCGCUUCCGAUGGCACACGGGGAAGCUCUAUUGGCACCUGGCUGCUGGGCGACCUGAACAGAUCUUAUCGGUGAACACCACGAGUGCUUGGCCAGAGCCCCCAGCGCAGAUGGCGAACUUCUUCCAUCCAGACGAUUUGCGGGUGAACCACUACGUAGAUGCACUGGGGCCACGUGGCUCGCAGGUCUUCAAGCAUGAGGACCCUCCGGAGGUCUUGGCCUGGGCCGUCGGACGCCCCAGGGAAACCUCAGCAGAGUCGAUGCUGGGGCGGCUGGUGGCGGACAGUUUGCACAGCUGGAGGCUGGGAGAUCUUGAGCUCAUCAACCGCUCGAUCCUUCGGAUGUCGCCUCCCUCCCGUGUGGCACUGGCAGUGGCUCCGGCAGCAGAGGAGCAGGAGGUCAUGAAGGUGCUGCAAGAUGGUUUCCAUACGGGUGAUGCAGAUAGGGAUGGAUUGCUGGCAUUGGAUGAAUUCGAGAAGCUGGCGCUACCUUCAGGGUGGGAUGCCCACUUACGUCGGCGUAACUUCCAUUACAUCGGCCUGUUCCUUCAUGCCUGGGUGGCUGAAUCCUCUGCGCAGAGCAUCUUGGAGGAGAUUGAUCAAGACGAAGAUGAGAUGCUCUCGUUUGAUGAAUGGUCCCAAGGGAUGCUUUGGUUGUGCCGGCGCCGGGACCUCAUGGCGGCGGCCCAAGACUUGCUCAGCUGGUCGAAGCGGAAGCCAUGGAAACAGGAGGAUCUGGCCCGAACAUCGGGAGCACCCAGGUGGGAAGAAGGAGCAAGGCAUUUGUAG